AUGCCUUAUAUCCGCGAGGACCUCCGCGCAGGGUUCCCUCGGAAAAACUUUGGCCAGCCUGAAGACACUGCAGCUUUGAAGGCAGACCAGAUAUUCUCAGAAGAGAGUCCCCAGGAGAAGCUUGACUGUCAUGCCAUCACCCAGGUCCCGCUGACUACUGAGGCAGCCACGAAGAAGGCAGGAGACACCAACACACUUGUGUUCAUAGUGGAUGCCAAGGCCAACAAGCCUCAGAUCAAACAGGCUGUGAAGAGGCUCUGUGACAGUGAUGCAGCCCAGGCCAACGGCCUGGUCAGGCCUGACGGAGGGAAGAAGGCAUGUUUUCAACUGGCUCUCGCCUAUGAUGCUUUGGAUGUUGCCAACAAAAUCGGAAUCAUCUAA